AUGUCAAGAAAUCGGCUCGAACAACUUUAUGAAGAUGAAUUUGAUGGAUUUAUUGAAUUCGAAGAUGAGGAUCAAAAACUAGAAAUGCUUCGGGAAGAACAGGCAUUGCUAGAAUAUGACGACGAUGAGGAGGAAGGAAUCCGACAACGACGACCAACACUUUCAAAACAUAACAACAAGAAAUCCAACAAAAAACGACCAUCAUCGGGAGUUACAUCAACAACUGCUUCCAAUUCACAACAACCACAGAACGGUUCUAGAAAAAAGAGCACGACACAAAAGAAGAAACAAGGAGAUGAGGGAGAAGAGUCUUCGGGACCAAAACUUCCUCUCAAGUACCGAAGAAUUGCCAAAUAUACAGACAAACAAAUGGGGUUUCAUGUAUUGCAUCAAUCAUUGAGUGAAAACGAUGAAUUUAAUGAGCUCUCACGUACCACUCUGACCUCCUCCAAUGAAAAGAGUAUUCUCUCAAGACGUCUCAAUAUUUAUUUAGAUACCCUUCAUGAUUGGUGCCGAACCAUCUUUCCUGAUUUAUCGUUUGAUGAGGCUCUUGCUUUCAUGGAAUCUCAAUCAUUCAGUAAUCGUGUACAUCAAGCCAUGGAAUGGGGUCGAUCUACAUUCAGUUCUCGAUACCAGAAAGCUGUGCAAGUGAAGGAACAACGAAAGAGAAAAAGAACUCAGCCAGGCACUUCUUCUAAGGCUUCAACAGGUAGAGCUGCUUCAUCCACUACUACUAGUUCCUCAAUUUUGGAUGAAAUGGAUGAUGAAGCAAGUCAUGAUCAUGAUGAAGAAACGAAUCCACCAUUAGAGGAAGAUGGCGACCGCCAUCAACAAUUAAAUCUCAAUACGGAGGAUGGCAACGAAAUACCUGAAGAUGACGAUGAAAUGCACGAAACCAAGGAGAGUAGUUCACCUUACAAACCACAUACAUACUCCAAAGAAGAUGGAGAAGAAGAAUUUAGAUUUGAGGACUACAAUAAUGAUGACGAAGAGGAGGAAGAGGCCAACAACGAAGAAGCAGAAACUAACCCUGAAGAACCCUCCCCAAAAAAGAAGAAGCCAUCCCCUAACGAUGACAACAGCGAGGAAGAGAAGGAGCAAGACUCUGAGGUUGUUAUCACAACCAAGAAGAAGAGAAUAAGAAGACAUUCGAAAAAGUCAGCUGUAGAAAUCUUUCUUGGAGAUUUGUUACCCUCAAAUCGACAGGAGACACCAGAGGAGUCUGCAUCAUCCAGUGCUAAUCACUCACUUUCUCAAUCACUUAUCCCUUCCUCUCCUUCCCUUCUCAUCAAUGAACAGGAACCUCUUGAAGAAAGUUUAGAGAUUUAA